AUGUCUACGAAGGCCAAGAGCAAGCAGGAGGAAGCUCUUCAGUUUUUGGACGACCUUGAUUCCCUCGCCCCGCCUCCCGCCAAUGCGCCUGUCUCCACGCCAGAUACCCAACCGCCGACAGAGGGCGAGGCGGAAGUAUACGCAUUCAUCGACGAGAUUACACAGAAGAGUACCGAACUUCCACGCUUGUCUACAUCACACAUCGACAGACCACUCUCGCGUGCCGGAACUCCAACGUUCAGGAAGAGUACCGAGAGGAUCAAAGUCGGCACUCCAGUACCUUUACUCCCGUCUGCAUCUGGGUCUGCGUCUCCACUUCCUAGGACUGAGCCGUCUAGCUCCCGGCAGUCGUCUUCCGUUAAAGCAGAACCACACGAAACACAGACCAAUUCUGGUGGAUGGGGGUGGGGUAAUGUUUGGUCAAGUGCAAGCGCUGCGAUUCAGCAGGCGAAGCAAGCUGUAGAUGAACAAGUGAAGAAUUUGCCCAAGAAUGAGCAGGCAAGGAAGUGGGGUGAGGGUGUGUUAGAGUAUGCCAAGGCUGCUCAGUUGGACAAAUUGGGAACCGAUUUCAAGAGAGUCGGACUAUCUACUCUGACCGAUCUUCUGAAUGUGGUGGCUCCUCCGAUAUCCGAGCACGAAGUUAUCCAGAUUUGGUUGAGCCAUGACAUGCAAGGCUACGAAGGCGUCGAGUCGCUCGUUUAUCGUGCGCUCUCUAGGAUUAUGGAGCAAGUAGAAGGCGGCGACCUCAUUGUCAAUCGAGGCGAUGAAUCACGUCUUAAAGACGCGUCAGAUGCCCAGCGGGAUUUGAAUGCCGCGGAAGGUCUCGAGGCUGCGCUGAAACUUGCUCAGGCCAACCUCGACGAGCUCAUCAAGCGUAAUGCCACACCCGCUUCUACUCCAUCUUCUGCUCAGAAUCCCACCACGUAUUCCUACGUGUAUCUCCGCAUUCAACCUUACAUGUCUACUUUCCCUCUACCCCAAUCGCCGGGCGAAGUUGAUCCCUCUUCAGCUGGAUUAAAUUCCCAAACGUCCCUCCAGUUCAUUAUAUACCUGUCAGAUCCCGCACAUCAGCUCACACACUCCACUGUUACCCAAGCUGUGCCUGGCAAGUGGUUAACCCUGUGGGAUGAAUACGAAUGGGUUGAGGACCUGGUUGUUGAAGCUAUCAGGGUCGGUGUGGAGGUAAUUGGACAGCAAUACAUUGUCUCCCGGAUGGGGUGGGACAAGAAGGUGGCUGAGACAGCACCAUUGGAUGCGAAAGAGGUUGAGGAGGAGACCCACUCGUGA